GAAACAUCAGACUAAGGACAGAAACACACCAGCUCUGAGAAAUGGCUCAGACUCUAUAUUUCCCUCUUCUCCUCAUUGCUCUCUGCUCCAUAUCUGAAUGUGUUCAGCGUCAGUAUCACUUUAUACAUGAGAAGAAGACCUGGACUGAAGCUCAGAGAUACUGCAGAGAGAAAUACACAGAUCUGGCCACUGUUGACAACAUGAAUGACACGAUUCAGCUGAUGAAGAGUGUGAAUGAUGAACGUAUCUGGAUUGGUCUGCAGAGGAAAUGGCAGUGGUCUUCAGGUGAUCCUGCACUCUUUUUGAAUUGGGCAUAUAGGCAACCAGAUGGCAAAGAUGAGUGUGCUUUUAUGAUAAAUGGAGAGUGGCAUGAUGGAGCAUGUAGUAACACCUUGUUCUUCAUAUGCUACAACAUGAGCAGAGGACUGGUGUUUGUCGAUCAGAUGAUGAACUGGAGAGACGCUCAGAGUUACUGCAGACAGAAUCACACUGAUCUGGUCACUGUGAGGAACCAGAAUGAGAGUCAACAGCUGGAGAAGUUCAUUAAUGACAGUAACUCAUCUGGAUCUGCAGUCUGGAUCGGUCUGUUCAGAGACUGGCAGUGGUCAGAUCAGAGCAACUAUUCAUUCAGAUACUGGGAUACCAAUCAACCUGAUAAUCAAGGAGGAACUGAAAACUGUGCAGUGAUCACUCAGAACGUUCAGGGACGAUGGAAUGACAUCUCUUGUGAUCAUCAGUUUCCUUUUGUAUGUCAUGAAGAUAAACUGAUUGUGAUCCAGCAGAAUCUGUCGUGGUCUGAAGCUCUGAGAUACUGCAGACAGAAUCAUGUGGAUCUGGUCUCGGUUCAGUCAGUGGAGAUGCAGCGUCGUGUGAUGAACGUGGUUAAACUGGCGUCUACUGAGGCGGUGUGGUUGGGUUUGCGUUUCUCCCACAUUUUGGGCAUCUGGUACUGGGUGAGUGGAGAGACCGUGUUUUAUCAGAACUGGGCUCCAGGGAACGGCACAUCAGAGGAGGACUGUGAGCCCACAGUGAGAUCUGGAGCAGUUCAGUCUGGAGGAAGUCAGACCUGGAUCAGCCGUCCUGAAACUGACAGACUCAACUUCAUCUGCAGCAGAUAUGGGUGAAUGGGCAUAUAAGAACAAAUGUGUAAUCACUUCCAUUCACUUUUCUCUUUAUUCAUCAGUUUGUAUAAAAAACAGAAAUACUUUUGCGUAUAAAAUUAAAUAUAACAAUUGACCAUAGGUUGCGUAAAUUCUCUGUUCACAUUUUGGUAAAAUGUACUCUUUAAUAAUUGAUUGACCCACUGAAGUUACUAUUUUUCCUCGAGUCUCUUCCUCCAGGUUUUUACGUAUCUGUAAAAUGAAUCAAUGGGAUCUCUUUAUAUUGUAAUCCUCACUUGUCAGAAUGACUGAUUGCAUUGUGUUUAUAAACUCUUUCAACGUGUUUCUUGUUAGUAACUUCAUUAGAGAUAUCUUUGUAUUGUUUUCUUUUAGUUUUAUCAUGAGGUCAUUUGCUUCCAUCAGUAAUUAUAUUCAUUCAUGUAGUUGAAGAGUAUAUCAUGAGUUUUUUUACAUUCCUUGCAUGUGCUUUAAGGACCUAUAUAUGCUGGAGUACGUCUCUGUAUUUUAUCAUUAUUUUAACAAUAAAAAGUGUUUAAUCACUCUCUGUCCUUCAGGUUAGUCCCUGCUUUAUCAGGA